AUGGAGGACAAGGCGUCGUUAAAAGAACUGGAUCAGUGGAUAGAACAACUAAAUGAAUGCAAGCAAUUGACAGAAAAUCAAGUAAAAACGUUAUGCGACAAGGCAAAGGAGAUCCUAACGAAGGAGUCUAACGUCCAGGAGGUGAAAUGCCCGGUGACAGUUUGCGGGGAUGUCCACGGACAGUUCCACGACCUGAUGGAGUUGUUCCGUAUCGGCGGGCGCUCCCCUGACACCAACUAUCUAUUCAUGGGCGACUACGUCGACCGCGGAUACUACAGCGUCGAGACCGUCACAUUGCUCGUCGCGCUUAAGGUUCGAUACCGCGAGAGAAUAACAAUCCUCCGUGGAAACCACGAGUCGAGGCAGAUCACUCAGGUGUACGGUUUCUACGACGAAUGCCUCCGUAAAUACGGCAAUGCGUCCGUAUGGAAGCACUUCACCGACUUGUUCGACUUCCUGCCCCUCACCGCGCUGGUCGACGGCCAGAUCUUCUGCCUGCACGGUGGUCUCAGCCCCUCCAUCGAUACCCUGGACCACAUCCGCGCCCUCGACCGCCUGCAGGAGGUGCCUCAUGAAGGUCCCAUGUGCGAUCUGCUCUGGAGCGAUCCUGAUGACAGAGGCGGAUGGGGAAUAUCGCCGCGUGGUGCCGGCUACACUUUCGGCCAGGAUAUAUCGGAGACGUUCAACCACAGCAACGGGCUGACACUCGUCUCCAGGGCCCAUCAGCUCGUCAUGGAGGGCUACAACUGGUGCCACGAUAGAAACGUCGUCACUAUAUUCUCAGCACCCAAUUACUGCUAUAGAUGCGGUAACCAAGCCGCCAUUAUGGAAUUGGAUGAUGCGCUUAAGUACUCAUUCCUUCAGUUCGAUCCGGCCCCACGACGUGGCGAGCCGCACGUUACGCGACGGACGCCAGAUUACUUCAUGUAG